AUGCAGGUGUACGCGUCGAUGAUCCUCGGAAGGUUCGCGGGCAGGUUCGGCCGAGCCGUGGCGCUGGCGGACUCUUUCGUGGGCGUGGCGCCGCCGAACAUGCAGGCGGGGCUCAUAGAGAGUUACAACAUGUGCCAGACGCCCAUGGUGCGGGAGAGCGCAACAUUCAGCGCGAUGUGCGCGUCGGGGGACCUCACCAUCCAAGAGAUGUUCUACGACACCAUGAAGGCGUGGCCCAAUGUGACAUUCGCCAACAUCAACAGCAAGACAGACCUGAUACAGAUCCUGUUCUACGACCUGUGGACGGACUUUGAGGCGCCCCAUUAUGCAAACAUCGAAGGCAUCCGCUACUUCGUCAGAGUCAAUGACUACCUCGACAGGUACAACGAGUCGCCGAACUACAUCUCCUACCUGCUCAACGGAGGCCACCAUGUGUUCUUGGAGGACAACGUCCUUUACACCGCCGACCCGCAGGGCGAAAUGGGCAGAGGCUUGGUGGCAAAGCCCCUGCUUGUCGACUGGAUUUCUGGCCUGGUCGGAGAGGCAACAUACGCCUCCGCAAGUUCAGUAUGCAACGGCAUUAGGUACGAUCGAACCUUCUGGUCAAAGUAUUUGGCAGGGGUGCUGUACUGCGCCGCUGAGCAGACCCCCAAGUUUGCAUCGCUUUCGUGA